CAACUAAACUGGUUGAUCAAGGCCCAUAUAGAUUGAUGUCCAAAAAAUUCAAUAUAGUUUCUGAACCGAAUUUCGAAAUUCUCGAAAUCGAACUGAAAUUAAAAAAAAAAAAAAAUCAAAAACCGAUUUUUAGAACCGAACCGAAUUCUCGGAGGGAACCACCGAAUCGUCCACCCUAACAAAAUACAAUCUCUCCGGUAGAUCUAUCACUUGAUCUCUGAGGUAAUGAAGAACGAAACGGUAAAGCUCAUCCAUGGCCGCCUAAUGACACACCUAAAACUUGCCCGAAGCGAGCAAUUUCAAGACUAAUGUUACGGAUCUAGAGGGGAAACAAGGAUAUUUAAAGAUUAGGGCAAAAUGAGUUGAAUUGCCCAAUUCGAUAUUUAAGCAUCGGAGAUAGAUACCGCAAUGCCACAGACCAGUGAAUCAAGGACGGAAAUCUCCAGUAGCGGGGCACUAACCUUGCCUACAUUCGAGCGUCAUCGUCGUCGUCAUCUUCGUCUUCGAUAAACUUCCCUUUUACUUGAUAGUCUCUCGUAACGUCUUUCCCUUUCCUGUCGACCUCAACCCUCGAGAUCGGCGCAUCCGCCACCGAUUUCGCCUCUUUCCGCUGCAGAGCCGGCGGCUUUUUCCGGCGAACUCACGGAAUCUGUCUCGUUAUGGCUGAGCCUUCUCGUUUGCGUAAUCCAGAGAUUUCCACAUUUUUCUCCAUCUCUGGAUUCGAGGUCUUGGCAGUAUAGAUCCAGCUUCCUCUUCACCGGAAAUGGAGGCUCCUGUUGGCUUUCCAACUCCGCCAUGGAUGGUGGAUCAUCCGGACGGCUGUAGAGAGGGCUGAAGACGAACUCUCCCGCCGUGAUUCAGUUGAAGCACAGAUUGAUUGUUUCGAGAGCGAGAAAGUAGACGGAGAAUCCAUGGCCUCGAGAUACUGGGUGGCCUCUCUUCCAGUGAAGGACUCUGCUUCUUCGUUGUGGAACCGUUUGCAGGAGCAGAUAUCCAAGCAUUCCUUCGAUACUCCUGUCUAUCGGUUCAAUAUCCCUAAUCUUCGUGUUGGAACUUUGGACUCUCUACUCACCCUCAGCGAUGAUCUUCUAAAGUCGAACAGCUUCGUCGAAGGGGUUUCUCAUAAGAUCAGGAGGCAGAUCGAAGAAUUGGAGAGGGUGUCUGGUGCCGAGAGCAACGCCCUAACAGUUGAUGGAGUUCCGGUUGAUUCUUAUCUCACCAGGUUUGUCUGGGAUGAAGCUAAGUAUCCAACUAUGUCACCUUUGAAGGAGAUUGUUGAUAGUGUUCAGACUCAGGUUAUGAAAAUUGAGGAUGAUCUCAAGGUUCGUUCUGCUGAAUAUAACAAUAUCCGCAGUCAACUCAAUGCCAUUAACCGAAAGCAGAGCGGAAGCUUAGCUGUUCGUGACCUGUCGAGCUUGGUGAAGCCAGAAGAUAUUGUCACAUCAGAACAUCUAGUGACUGUCCUCGCUGUUGUCCCAAAAUAUUCUCAAAAAGACUGGUUGUCCUGCUAUGAGACAUUGACUAACUAUGUGGUGCCUAGAUCCUCAAAGAAGUUGUUUGAGGACAACGAAUAUGCCCUCUACACUGUCACUCUCUUUGGUCGUGUUGCAGAUAAUUUUAGGACAAGUGCCCGUGAAAAAGGGUUCCAAACCCGUGAUUUCGAGUAUAGUCCUGAAGCACAAGAGAGUCGUAAACAAGAGCUAGAAAAGCUGGUUCAGGAUCAAGAAAGCAUGAGAAGCUCACUUUUGCAAUGGUGCUACACUAGUUAUGGAGAAGUUUUCAGCUCAUGGAUGCAUUUCUGUGCUGUGCGUAUAUUUGCCGAGAGCAUUCUGAGAUACGGGUUGCCACCAGCCUUCCUGUCAUGUGUAUUAGCUCCAUCAACCAAGGGUGAAAAGAAAGUGCGCUCAAUUCUUGAAGGCUCGUGUGAUGCUGCAAACAGCACAUACUGGAAAGUGGAGGAGGAAGCAGGGGGAGGCAUGGCCGGGUUUGGAGGAGGCGAUACGGAGGCCUAUCCCUACGUAUGCUUCACCAUCAAUCUUGCCUGAUCAUAUUCGGAUGGGCCCCUUGGUAUGUAUGUCUUCAUCUCUUCUUCAAUUGUUGUGUUCCAUAUUCUUUUUUUUUUUUUUUUGCAUUUUCCCAAUAUAAUGCUCCUUCCAAAAUCAACAAUAAAACGAACACAGAGAUGCUGCUGUAAUUAUAUGUUACUCGAGAAAUCAUUUUAGUUCAGUUUGAUCUUUGUUUUGUCGGCUUUGGA